AUGAAGUACUCUAUUACUCUCGUUUCUACUUUUAUUGCCGCCGCUCUCGCGGGACCUCUUGAGACACCGACAGCUGGGUGUCCGGGGGCCAACCGACUCGAGCUACUCACGCGUUUUCGAAAUUUGGAAGGCGAGCUCUGUAAUGGCAAAAACAAUAAAUUUGGGAUAUCAGACUCUUCUUGCAAGAACGAGGCUCGUCAUUGUGUUAGGAAGAUAACCCGCGUAUGCUCAGUCCAAGAUGGCGCUAGUCAGGUGGUAAACUGCAUGGGCGAUAAGAAGAAGGCCCAUGAUGAACUUGAAAAUUCGAAAGGUGGGAAGACUCCCGGGCGUGCUAGUGGGGAGCUGCCCGAGGAUGCCGGUGGAAUCACGUUUGAUGAUGCCGCCCUCCCUCCCACUAAUUUCGGCAUGGACAAGGCUCCCUCUGGGUUUGAGAAUUAA